AACAGGCCGCAUUCCUCUCACUAGUCCUACCCGCUUCAAACGACUUGGAGAGGCUUCAGAUCUCGACUCCUAUUUUUCUUCGAUGGAUUAUCCGAUUGUUACUGACGUGCUUCAUGGCAGCGUGCGUGCCAAGGUGUCGGCAGCGAUUGCCGGCGAUACCCUCAACGAAGUCAACAACGAUCCUGUACAACGAAAUAAACUGAUCGACAAUAAUAAUCUCCUCUCUGGUGUCGUCAUGACGUCCGGCAGCCCAGUCAUCAGCUCUCGGAAGCUCAUCGUCCGCCCAAACAUUCUCAAUACUACCAUUGACAACUCAGCCGGCAUACGGACGACCAUGGUUGAGGCGGAGUUCAGCAACACGCUCAUGGAAUCUAACUAUACUUCCGUUGCGGUCAAGGUGUCGACCCCUUACGUUGCUGCUUCGGUGGAAUACUCCGAGAGCUCGAGCUACAAGAGUACUGAGACCGAAAAGACGGUGUACUCCUCGUCUUGUUAUCGCUUCCCGCAGGGCCGUAUUGAUUUCAAUCGACCUUCCUCGGGCUCAGGCAGCAUACUGCUCUCAACUGAAUUCACAUCUGAGAUCAAUACCGCUCUCGCCAAAUCAUCCCUACUUGAGAAGAGGGAAGCCCUCUAUAACAUAUUUAACGAGUAUGGUCAUGUUUUCCGCAACCAAGUCACGAUUGGUGGGGCACUCUCCGCACAUACACAGGAAACUUUUUCUAGAAGCGAGAACGAGGACGAAGUGAGGCAAGAUAUCAAAGUUGCUCUGGAGGGCGAGCUGAAAGGCUGGGGUGGCAGCGCCUCGGCUGGCCAUGGCAAUAGCAAGACGACCAUAACUACCAAGCAGGGAAAGAAUCUUGUUACCGAUUAUAUUGUCACUGGUGGGGACUACACGAAGAUUCAAAACACUGCCGACUGGAUUUCUACUACGAACAGGCCCGAGUACUGGCGAGUCAUUGAAGUCACUUCAGUCAUUCCUGUGGUCGACUUGCUUCCGGAGCAGCAGAGUAGUCAGGUGAAGAGACUGCUCAAGCCGCUUCUGGGAAAAUGGGUCGACGUAGAGAAAAUGCAGGGCUUCGACCACCUACCGAUAGCCAUCUAUCGACCCAUCUCUAUCCCCUCCGGUUGGUUCUGGCUUGGACACACUGCCGAUUCCAAAAAGGCGCUUCUCGUCAAGCCGACUCUGCCAGCCAAAGGCGGUCGCAAUUUCGUCCUCAGCGGCGGGCAUGCCAAUUCCUCUGGUGUAUCCACACAGCUCCUUGCCGACCAUGCUCACUACCAGUUUCUGGCAACCUACUUUGGCCAGCUGGAUUUUACCCAGAAUCCGGGGGCCUCCAUCCGAGCUUUAAGGCCUGAUAUUGCACUCCUAGGACAGUACACCAUGUAUGGCGAUUCUAUCGACACUGCUGUGUAUGUAACGCGUCCGAUCAGUCCAUUAUCUCCGGAAGACGAAGGUUUGGACUUGCAGUCCACGGUUCGCGUCAAACUCGUCGGAAUGGGCAAUGUUCCAAAGCCCAAAUGGGUCCUCAGGAAGGACGCGGUACUGUUUGACUCCGGCGAGGAGUGAUGUUGUUCGCGAUUCAGUUGCUGUGCACACGUCAAUUUUGUACUCGGUAUGAUUUCGGUUGCAGAAUUUGAACACGAAUUGGGCGAAGCGCAGCUUUAGUCGAAGCGGAGCCCUCCAGAUCCGCUUUCUUUUCUCUGAUACCUGGCUUUAGAUGAUCACGAUGUUUUGCACACUGGGCUCAACCGUCGUCAAGCUCGGAAGCUUUGCCAGUGUCCCCGUUUUGUGCUCGGUACCGAGGUUUUCAUUGACCUGCCUCUUUACUAUAGGGUGCUUGAAAUUCAUCAUGAACAUC